CACUUUUCUCAUCAUCAUAAUCUUAACUUGUUGAUUUCUGUCAACUGCAUAAAUGAAACUUUUACUUUAUUCAAUUUCAAUGGUGAUAUAAGUUAACUUAUUCCACGUUACCUGAGACAUUAUCGCCUCCCGAAAAUCAAACUACUUAACAUUUAGUCAUUUUUUCAUCAUUACAAUCAACUUUAUCUUUAUCAUCAUAAUUAUCUUUCAUCAAUUUAUCACCAAACUUACACGUUCUGAUUUCAAAUGGAUCUUAAUAAAUCAAUAUCAACAGUUAUCAUCUUAAUUGGUUUAACAAUCAUCGCCUUUGGUGUUUAUAUGCCUCUUUUAAUAGACAAUUUCAUUGAGACAAUAAUUCAACAGAGAUUCCCAUUGACCAAUGGAUCUGAGACAACACUGACCUGGUCUAAUCCAGAUAUUCCUAUUUAUACUCGUUUCUAUCUCUUCAAUUUAACUAAUGUCGAUGAUUAUAUUUCCGGUGAGAAACCAAAUUUCACGGAAAUGGGUCCAUACACCUUUAGGCAGAUUCGACGAAACAUUAUCCACUCAUGGAAUAUGGAUGAGACCAUGAUGGACUAUGAAACUAUUCGUAGUUACCAUUUCGAGCCUGAACUAUCCUCAGGAAGUUUAGAAGAUGAAAUAACAUUAAUCAACUUCCCUGUAGUGGCUAUAGCAAAAACUAUUUCAGAUCGAGCUUCAAUGUUCAAGAAAACUGCUGGUGCAAUAAUUAAGAAACACGGUGGAGGUUUGUUUCUCAAUUUGACCAUUGGUCAAGUGCUUUUUGAUGGAUUUGAAGUUCCAUUUGUUACCAAAUUAGCAUCAUUCUCUCGUAACCUAAGAAUACAUUUUCCCGAUAAAUUUGGUAUCAUGUAUGGACAAAACAACACAGGUAAUGGUGUCUUAACAGCGUUCACAGGUAAAGAUGAUGUAAAAAAAUUGCUUCUUAUGCAUAAAUGGCGAGGUGAAAGAACUGUUAAUUGUUGGGCUGAUAGUCGAUGUGGAAUGCUCAAUGGUACUGAUGGUACCUGGUUCCAUCCGAUGAUUUCCUCAACGGAAAAUUUGUAUGCCUUCAAUGCUGAAGUAAACAGAUCUUUAUUAUUGGAAAAUUCUGGUGACACUAAUGUCCAAGGAAUUACUGCUUCUCGUUUUAUCGCUGCUCGUGGUCUACUUGAUGCUCCAUCAAAUAGUAUCGAUAAUGAAUGUUUUUGUAUCUCAAAUGACACAAGUCUAACUGAUUCCGGUUUCUGUUCACUUGAUGGUGUUCUGGACAUUUCAAGGUGUAACAAUGGAGUACCUUUGGUCAUUUCUUUGCCUCACUUUCUGUAUUCCGAUCCUCUUUUAAUCCAAGCCGCAGAGGGAAUCAGUCCGGAUGCUAUUAAACAUCAGUCAUAUCUUGAUAUUGAGAGAUUAACGGGAAUAGUUUUAUCAGCUCGUCGGAGGAUACAAUUCAAUCUUCGACUUCGUUACACUUACAACCUCGGAGGUAUUUCGUUGAAAGAUAUGGUCUAUCCACUUCUAUGGCUGGAAGAGGGAGCUGAUAUACCUAAAGAUAAAGCUAAUGAAUUAUAUGAUAAAAUAUUUUCCAAAAUUAUCAUGGCUGAAAUCAUCUCUCUAUCAUUAGUUAUAAUUGGAAUUGGAUUAAUCAUCUUUGCACUUUUCUCGUUCACAUGGCCUUACCUUUCAAAGAACUUUAUUGGAAAAUAUAAAGAUAAAGUAGCCAAAGAUCGUAAAUCUGGUUACACUUUCCUUGGAUUAGCUGAUAAUAACAAUGGUCACUUACAAACUGUUGACCAUCAUGAGACGCUUGUUGAAAAGAUGGAGAAAAAACCAUUCCAAUGAAAUAGAAAAGAUUAAGAAUAGAAAGAGAAACAAAUAAAAGCUGAACUUACCACCAUGUGAAUGAACAUCCACCAUGAUGAUGAUGAUCAGUCGAGUUUGCAUAUCUUCAGGUCUCCUCAUCCAUCCCUUGGAGUUUACAUUCAAGAGACAAAAAAAGAUCAUCAUAAGUUAAAAUUUCAUUCAUAAUUGAAACAAUGAUUGAUAGUAAAUACUCACAAUAUUAUCAAUGGAGUAAAAAUUAAAUCUGUAACUUUUUGCUCAACAAAUUUCAUCUCCCAUGUUACAUGUAAAGUGCUAAUCAUCUUCACCAAUGUAUUACAGUGACUCAGUGGAAUGUUUAAAUUUCCGAGCACCAUAACUCAAUCCAAACUCGCAAAUGAUACAUUUCUAAUGAUACUAUUAUAAUAUAUACAUAUCUCUCUCUCUCUCUCACAAACUCACUCACUCUAAAAAUUACUCCCUAAUCAUGUUUGAAUCAUUUGCAUAAACUCAUUCACGACCAAUUCAUUAGAUCAUUGCAAUCAAACAUGAGUCUGUCCCAUGUUUUGGGCUGAAAAUAAUCAUUAAAUUGCCUUUAUAAAUAUUCAUACUCAUGGUAUCAUCGAUAUGGCGAAAUAAAAAGAUAAUUUUAUUUUCUAAUAA